AGACUAGACUCGGUCUGCAGAUUUUAUAAUAUAUGUACGUGUACUGCAACAAUAUAUAAGCAAAAUGUGAUUGUUCCAAAAUUUGAUCAUUGACCUGUCAUAAGGCAUGUGGUGGACUUUACAGAUACAGUAUAUCAAUAUUAAUGAGAUAUGAUUAUUUAUGUCUGGGACCGACAUUUAACAUCACCAUCGGCAAAACCUGACAAAGGGCUAAACCUAGAACCUUGAACCUCUGCAUCAAUUUCUCUUUAUAUACACUGUAAAGUUUGGAUUGAUACAGACACAUGUCCCAACGCCCAAUUUGAAUAACAAACCGCAUUGGUGAAUUCAGUGUACUACAUGUAGGCCUAGUUGAUUGGAUUCCUUAUAUGAAUUCCUCUGGCAACAAAUUAAACCAAGCACAAAUUUUAUUUACCUCAAAACGAAUCCGAAUCUUGAUCAGAAGAUAUUGAACCAAUUUAAAGGCGGGAACAAUUGUUGUUGGAGAACAUAUUUGGACAUCUUUGUAUAUUUGAUUCUCAGGCCGAUGAGUGUCGGACAUACAUGUAUUUCCCCCAUCUGGCACCUUCAUUGUGUUCAUGUGCAGGAGGGGUAGACCAAGGAUUUCAAAAUAGAGGAAGGGGUAAAUUUAUCAAUUUUGUUUGGAUUUUUUGUUGACGAGCCACCCCCCCCCCCUAAAAAAAAAAAAAAAAAAAUUAAAUAACUGCUGUGAAAUCGGUUGUAUUCUUUUUUCAAAAAAUUGACAAGCUCCCCUACCCCUCCCCCCAAAAAAAACAAGAUCUCACUUUAAUAAAAAGGGAUUUGUUUUUUCCACACUUUCAAGGAAGGGGGGAUAGUGGGCAGUAAUACCAAAGGGUACAUUAUUUGUAUAAAAUUUAGUAGCAAAGGUGAGUGGGGCAUCUCUCCCCACAUCCCCCUGUAUCGUCUUUUAAAACAUACCUUUAGUGCAAAUUUCGCUUACUAAAUUAGUGCAAAUUAAUGAACCUACACGUAAACCUAAAAUGAGUGCUCAAGAGAAAGAUAGAGAGAGAAAGAGGGGGGCAGAACCACAACAGGAAAAAAAAAAUUUCUUUUCAUAUUCCACUUCAUGCCAGAUUACAUCUUUAUUGAGCCCCAUAUCAAUUAGGGGGGAGUGGGGAUGGGAACCCCUUUGGAUUUGUAAUUUUUUCAUUUAUUAUUUUUUUAUGUUGAAGACAUGAUGGGGAUGAAAAUGUACCCUUUACAGCCCCCUUUUAUCCCUGCUUCACAGACUGCAUAACAAAACAGAUAACAAGAAUUGAUAAUGUGCUGUUAUGAUGUAUAGUGUGGACAGUCCAGCCAUAAAAUCUGGCCUUUGUACUUAAGUCCAGUAUCCGCAAAUAGAUUCCAUUCAGUGCGUUGCCAUACAAAAGUUUCUGUUUACGUCAACCGUUACCAUCUUGACUUUAAUUCCUUCAAUGCAUUAAGGCUCACACCUUCAUUAUCUUUAAGAAAUCUUGUAGUUCUGCUAUUUUCUGCUUUUGAAACUACAGUUUAAAUCAUGAUUUUCCAUUGGUAACUGCAGUGUACAUGUAAUAUGUUUCUGAGAGGAGUACCUUGCCAUGUGGACAUUAAGUAUUGGAUAACAGUGAACUUGAGCAUGCUACAUUGAUGAUUGCAUAUUUUGUUGGUGGUGAUACCAAAGUUUUGAUUUUGAGGGUCACUUUUGAUUGUUUACUUCAAAAAAUGGUGAGAAAACAGAGGCCAAAGAGCAAAGCCAGACGAAAAGCUCAUGUCCAGGAGAAUUCAGAUGGUCUCUCGGAGACACAAAGAGACAGAUUUUCCUACCUCUCUGAACACAAGAACUCCAAGGCAAUAUGGCUGACGAGCUUUGGGCCAAAGCUAGAAUGGGGCAACCAAGACACUAUGUGGCCGGUCAGCAGGGGUGCCAUGACGGCCACAGCCACCCCAAGAAUGGAAGAGCUGUCUUCACCCAAGAAGAACUUUAGAAGUACUAAAGAUGGCAAAAAGAAUAUCCAUGUAUUCAGCUGCGGCAGAAACUCGGUCAUAUGGGAAGUGAGCCCUCUAGCAAUGAAAACAUCUCCAACGGAAAGAUUAGAUACACUAUCAAAUUAUAAAAGACCCCCAGCAGCCUUCAAAGAAGACAGACCCAGCCAUGCCUUCAGCUGCGGUAGAAAGUCCCCUAUCUGGUACGUGAGUGAAUCCGCCAAGAAGGCCAUGGAGAAGGAACGACUGGAGUAUCUUGCCAGACCAAAGACACCCCACAGAGAAUUCGUAGAGCCCAGAGGAAUUGAAACAGUAGUAAGUGCAGGAGCAAAGAACGCCCGAGCAUCAAGUCGAAUUGAGAUGCUAGCCAGACCCAAAAGUAGGCCUCCAGGACCGUUCCGGGAACCAAAAUGGCCGGUGUCAGAUGUCGCAAAAGGAGCAAAUGCAACUCCUCGCCAGCUGGAACUGGCCAAGCCCAAGAAUGUUGCCGAUGGUUACCAAGCCGAUCGCCCCGUGCAGUGGUCCAUCACCAGGGCAGCACGGCGGGCCAACGCGACGGGCCGUACCAACGAACUCUCCACACCCAUCAUGCGAGCAACCAUGGACCAUGUGCAAUUCAAUCCUGAUGCUUUCAUCGUCAGCGAUGCCGCCAAGAAAGCACGGUGUCCGCCGAGAAUCGAGGAACUUUCCCAGCCUCUUGUUCGGUAGAGGUCAAACGCACUCUUUGGAAAAAAUGGCAACUUGACCUACUAACAAUCCAUUCGGACUUGCAGUUGUGUUGUCGUGCAGGAGCGAAAAUCAAAAUCAAUAAGUGAUGGCACUACAUCAACUUAUCCUCAGCAGGUCUUUGCAAUUUGAACAUUUGCCAGGACAUGAAGGAAAACAAAAAUACUGAUGAGUUGUGAUCGAUUUUGAGAUGGAGCUUGGUAACCUAUUUCAAAUGAAUUGCACAACCUUGAGCGAGGAGAGAUUCUUAUAUUGGUAAAAGAGGAUCGAUGAAAGAAAAAUUGAAUUUAGAAUUUUUACCCAUCCAUCCCCCCC